AUGGGUAACGUUUCUGAGAGGUACGAUGCGGUGGUUUUGGAUAUAGAGGGGACCGUUUGUCCGAUUUCAUUUGUUCGAGAAGAACUAUUCCCAUACUUUGUGCGACAAAUGGAUAGGCUGGAGGCUUUGGAAUCAGAUAAGGAGGUGGCAUUGUUGGUUCAACGGAUGCGGGAGGAACAAGGAGUGCAGGAUGUGGGUGAACAUGUGCGGGAUCUUGUUCGCCGAGACGUGAAAGAUCCGAUUUUGAAGCAACUGCAAGGCCAUGUGUGGCAACGGGGGUAUGAGACAGGUGAGAUUAAGGCGCCCAUUUAUGGGGAUGCUAUCCGGUUCAUAGAGGGAGGGUUUAAGGGCAAGAUAUAUAUUUAUUCUUCUGGGUCGGUAAAGGCUCAAAAGUUGUUGUUUCAAUAUGUUGCAGAUCCUCAAGAUGCUGGGGCGGCAGCUGUAGAUCUGACAAGAUAUUUGGCAGGUUAUUUUGACAUUCAAACGUCUGGUGUGAAGACGGAGAAAGAAUCUUAUAAACGCAUAUUAAGAGAUAUUGGCUUAGCGGAUAAAGCGAGGAAUGUGUUGUUCAUUAGUGAUAAUGUGAGAGAGCUUGAUGCGGCGACGGAGGCUGGGAUGGACACCAUGUUGGCCGUGAGGCCUGGAAACGAUUCCGUAGCUAAUGUUGGAAAUUAUGUUGUUGUUAAGGACUUUGGGGAAUUGUAG